AUGGAUAACUCUGGUAAAGAGAAGGAGGCCAUGCAGCUGAUGGCUGAGGCCGACAAGAAGGUGAAGGCGUCCGGCUCGUUCCUCGCUGGGAUGUUCGGGGGGAAUCACAAAGUGGAGGAUGCAUGUGAGAUUUACGCUAGAGCUGCCAACAUGUUCAAGAUGGCCAAGAACUGGAGUGCGGCUGGGAAUGCCUUCUGCCAAGCGGCACGACUACACAUGCAGCUGCAGAACAAACUGGACUCUGCCACCAGCUUUGUGGAUGCAGGAAACGCUUACAAGAAGGCUGACCCGCAGGAGGCUAUCAACUGUCUCAACCAGGCCAUUGACAUCUACACAGACAUGGGGAGGUUCACUAUCGCAGCCAAACAUCACAUCACCAUUGCAGAGGUUUAUGAAUCUGAGCUGGUUGAUAUCGAAAAAGCUAUUGCCCAUUACGAGCAGGCAGCAGAUUAUUACAAAGGAGAGGAAUCCAACAGCUCUGCCAACAAGUGUCUGCUGAAGGUGGGCCACUACAGUGCCCAGUUGGAGCAGUACCAGAAGGCCAUUGAAAUCUACGAACAAGUGGCCAUGAGCACUAUGGACAACCCCCUGCUCAAGUAUAAUGCCAAAGAGUACUUCUUCAAAGCGUCUCUGUGUCACUUCAUUGUGGAUGAGCUCAAUGCAAAACUGGCAAUAGAGAAGUAUGAGGAGAUGUUCCCAGCGUUUUCAGACUCCAGAGAGCUCAAACUCUUAAAGAAACUGCUGGAGGCUCACGAGGAACAGAACAGUGAAGCAUUCACAGAGGCCGUAAAAGAGUUUGACUCUGUCUCUCGUCUGGACCAGUGGCUCACCACGAUGCUGCUGCGAAUCAAAAAGACCAUCCAGGGCGAUGCUGGGGACCUCAAAUAA